UUUCUUUAUAAAUACCAUCCACUCACUAUAAGCUGAGAACCAACAAGCAGUCAACAUCAGAGUGAGAAUUAUUAGCUUAUAAGUAUUGUUGGAGAUUUAGUAAGUAAUGGCUAAGAUUUCUUACACCUCCUUCGUCAUCCUUGCUAUCCUUGUCUUCUCAGCUGCAUCAUCAAUGGUGAUGAAAGUAGAUGCGCAACAGAAGGGGCACUGCCAGGUAAUGUUGUAUCCCGAUAACUGCGUGCCAGCAGCUUGUAACAAUCAGUGCGUCCAAAAGUUUAAAGGUGGAGAUGGAGAGUGUAUAGGGAUAAGUGUUGGACGUGAUGUACAUUUCGGAUGUUCUUGUGUGUACCCAUGCUAGAAUCCAACCAAGUCUUUCUCUACAUGUAUGAUGGUGGUCUAUUCAUCAUAUGACCAUUAAAAGUCAUGCAUACAUGCAUAUCAAUAAAUAAAUUAUUAUUGGGUUCUUUGCUUUGCA